AUGUCCAGCCAGAAGCUCAGAGCUAGAGACGCUGAUGGGGAUUUUGGUGCGAGAGACCCCUUCCCUGGUGAGAUCGCCACCAACUUCACCGAGAAGAGCUUCGGAAACGAGAACACGGAGCACCUCAUAAAGCCCCCGGAUGGCCUGGCAUCCCUGGUUGGACUGAAGAACAGGAAGUGCCUGGCCUGCGAGGGCGGGGAUGUCAAGCCCCUGACCGACUCCGAGGCCGAGAAGCUCAGGCAUCAGUGCCCCGGCUGGAGAUUGACAACCAACGACAAGGGCAUCAAGUGCAUCUCUCAGGAGUGGAAAGUGCGCAACUUCAUGGCUGGGCUGGAGCUCUUCAAGAGGGUGGCCGCGGUGGCAGAAGCCGAGGGCCACCACCCCGACCUCCACCUGGUGGGCUACAACCGCGUUACGGCGGAGCUGACGACCCACUCUGCCAACGGCUUGACAGAGAACGACUUCAUCAUGGCGGCCAAAAUCAGCGAUCUGGACGUCGCCGACCUCCAGCCCAAGCGCAAGCCCAAGUUUUGGGCCUAG